GAAGCGAAACCACGUCCGUUGAGCUCGUGAAGUUGUGAAAUUGUUGUGACAUAAGUUACGUUAGUGGCGUUACAAUCGGAUCCUGUUGGCACGCGCUUGGAUUGCAUAAUUAUUGUGUCAAGUGCAAGUGAUAAAGUGAAAAUUCCGACCAAUUGGGAUAAAGUUACCAAUAUUAGUGACCAUUAUAACCUGAAAAGUAUCCAGUUAAACAAGAUGUAUAAAGACUCGGUAGUUCCUGUGAAAAUGGAGACGUUCAGUGGAGUUGCGGCUAAAUGCUCAAUCGGCCAGUGCAUCAAAACGGUGCUACGGCGAGCAUGCAUAGAGAAGAGGCUGACAAUCGGCCUUCUUCCUGCUAUUCAAUAUUUGUCGAAGCAUAGCGACGGAGCCCUCUUCUGCCUGACAGCGGAAGCGCCCCCUGGUGAUAGUGCAACGCACAUGCAAGAAGUCCUGUUGCAGGCUUAUUGCACUGAAAACGACAUCUAUGUCAUUAAGGUUGAUUCACAAGAAAAAAUGAAGAGCCUCCUGGGUCGUUGCACUUCUUCAGACUACAGUUGCAUCCUGGUGCACUUUCCGUACACAGACCCGUUUACAGACAGCCAGGAGAUCGAUCUGUCCAUCUUAACUGAAGCGGAGAGAGACUUGGUCGAACACUGCGAAGAGAACUGGGGAUAUUCUCAGAUGCCAGUCAUCAAAUUGCCCGAGAAGUGAAUAAAAAAAUCAAAGAAACAUAUUGAGAACAAAAAAAAAUAUACACCAUUGAUUGGUCCCAAAAUGGACGCCGCUGGUCGGCCAUUUUUUUCGGCUUCGGCGGUAUAACGCCAUCUAGUGUUCAAUAAGGGAACUAUGUUCGUCACCCAUUUUGUACGGGCUUAUUGAAUUUGUAUUAGAAAAUGAUUUCGGUGAAUUGUGGAGAAUAAUGGUAGCUAGGAUAAUUUUAUUUUAGUGAUUUUACAAAAUGUAUUAACAAAUUUCAUAAUUGAAUAAUAUUAAAAUAUUGUAAUGUAGAAAUAAUAGUGUUGUACUUAUAAUUACCAUUUUACGGUAUUGGAACUAUGUAAUUUGAUAAAAUUGAAUAUUCCAUUUUGACAUUUCAUCAGCCAAAAAAAAUUAUGUAAAUACGUCGUUACGACUUGUCUGUUCCUUGCGAAAUUUGCUCAUUGUCGCCAUUUUGGCUUUUUGUACGUAUGUACUUGUUAUUGACUUCGAAAUUCGUGGUAGAAAUACAUUGUGAAUGAAAACUAAUGGAUUUUAAGAUUUUAUACUUUUGUAAGGUUUAAUUUUGUUAAAGUUUAUAAAAAGUGUAUAAUAAAUUAAC